AUGUAUUCUGCUCCAGACCAAGGGCAUAUGAAAACCCAUCAGCCAUCUCAAACAUGGUGGCUUCUAGUCCCAUCACCAUAUGACAAUUGCUCCAAGAUACUGGAUGUGGCACAGUCUGCCCCUCAUGCACCCAUUGGGAGAAAACUGAUAGCUCCCAUUUGUGGUGAUUUUGUUGAGGUUUCCAAUGACCUUAUGGGGUGGACAAGCCUGACCAACACCAAUGCUAGUGGAGAGUGUACCCGACUUGGAGAUGAUCCAAAUGAUGUGGGUGGCUGUGGGGGUGGUAGCUGGACAUACUUAGAUGUGGUCUAUUGCUCCUCACCCUUGUGUAAGGGCCAUGUGCAGAGCUAG